AUGUUGGCGACAGAGAUGGAAAUACAACGCGAACAUCUCAAAGAGGACAUGGCAGGUCUGAUUGAAACAUCUCUGGAGCCUAUUCAAGCUUCUAUAGUGAACUUCCACGAAAUGGUGAACACAUUGGGAAGGAGGGUCACCGCGGUGGAGACCAUAACAAGUGAAAACUUUGACGCCCUGUUCAAGGCCGAGAAAGCCAUUACAGAAUUGCAAGCUCUGAAUGCUACGCUGGUUGACCGGAUUGAUGACCAUCACACAUAUUCAAGAAUCGAUUAUUUUUUCAUUGAUAAAAAACUCUUGAACUCAGUCGAGGAGGUUGAAUAUUCUGCUAUUGUUGAAUCAGACCAUGCCCCCAUACUAAUGGAUCUUCAUUUUCAACAAAUCUACAGUAGCCAUCCUCAGUGGCGAUUUAACACCACAUUACUGUCAGAUAACACAUUCUGCACUUUUAUAGAGCUGCACCUGAGUCUCAACAACAUCCUGUCUGAUUCAUCAGAGAAGCUUCUGUCUGCUGUACAGGAGAGUCCAAACUGUAAACUGAAGACUCUGAUACUUACUGACUUUAAACUCUCAGACACUGACUGUGAAGUUGUGACCUCAGCUGUGAAGUCCAACCCUCAUCUGACAGAGCUGCACCUGAAUCUCAACAAACUGUCUGAUUCAUCAGAGAAGCUUCUGUCUGCUGUACAGGAGAGUCCAAACUGUAAACUGAAGACUCUGAUACUUACUAACUGUAAACUCUCAGAGACUCACUGUGAAGUUUUGGCCUCAGCUCUGAAGUCCAACCCUCAUCUGACAAAACUGGACCUGAGAGGAAACGAACUGUCUGAUUCAUCAGUGAAGCGUCUGUCUGCUGGACUGGAGAGUCCAAACUGUAGACUAAAGUCUCUGAUAUUGAUGGACUGCUGGUUGUCAGAGAUCAGCUGUGAUUAUCCGGUCUCAGCUCUGAAGGACAACCCCUCCCAUCUGAGAGAGCUGGAUCUGAGACUCAACAACCUGAAGACAUCUACAGGACUUUAUUAUUACAUGUUAACAUGUUAAAUAUGAACACAAGAGUCUUUUAAC